AUGAAAAGUAAUGCUAUAAAGAAUACUAGUAUAUACGAUACAUUCUGCUCCCAUACAUCUAAAGGUUUUAUAACUAAAGAUAUAUCAACUAUAAAGAUAUCCCAUAAAAAAGAGAAAAAAUAUAGAUUACAUUUUUUCAUAAAGUUUUUUAUAUAUGCCUUUUUAAUUUGGAUAUUACAGUAUUCUAAUAAUUUAGGUACUUGUGAGACGUGGAAUUACGAAAAUAACUUAAAAAAUGUAAUAAAUUUGGGAGUUAAAAGAUCAUUAGCAGAAAAUAACGAUACAAUAAAACAAGAAAAAGGAUUACAACAAUGCUAUGAACAACAUGACAUGACAGCAAUAAAUUUAGAGUUAAGCAAUGAGCAAAGUAAAAUAGAGCAGAAUAUGGAUAUAGAACAAGAAAAUGAAUCAGAGACAAAAAAGAGGAAUAAAAAAAGAAAAUUUAAUGAAAGAACCUCAGACAAAUGUACAAAUGAUCUUAAAACAAUUCCACUAAUUUUAGCUUUUCUCAUGUCACUUACUUCAUUCACACUUUCUGCAAUAUAUCUUAAACACUUUGUUCCAAUAUUUCAAAAUUAUAUUUUAAUACUGUCUAGUUUAUCUCUUAUAAUAUUUUUAAUCUUUUUACUUUACGAAGAAAUAAAAAUGAAGCUUAAAAACAAAUAA